AUGUCAACCGCCUCGAGACAGUCACGCCGUCCCAGUCGGAAGCCUGUCAAUCAGAGCAGGGACCUAGGCGAGCCGCGGCCGGGUUCGCGAGCGCACACCGUCAAUGUCGAGCACGAGGAAGCGCGAAGCUUUGCUUUGCGCACGGCUUUUCUUCACUACCUUCUCCAGCCCAAAGCUAAGCGGAAGCAAUAUGUCAGCAAUCCCAAAUCAACGCCGCGAUCGCAAACAAGUGUGGGACAGCUUGUCCAGGAAUAUGGUUCGGGGGGCAUGGCCAAGUUGCCGCACAACUUUGCCGGACCACUCUUGGAUCGCGUCGGGAAGAUCCUGCGAGGGCUGGAAACUCUACCAGGCUACGACGAUGCGGCUGUGAAGCGGAGCUUUGCUGAAGCGUACACGGCAUUUUCCGAGCGGAGCUUCCGCAAAACUAUCGACAAGGAGAGGAAGUUUGAGCCCCUGAUGCUCAUCUUCUACUCACAGGCAACCAAGGCAGCACAAAGGGGCAGAGCCCCCGACGACGACUCGUGGAAACUUCUACCCGACCGCCACCUUGCACUCUUUGUGCGGAUGGCUAUCGACGUCUUGCGGACUUCAGGGCACGACCGUGAUCGCCCGGAGCUGGUUGCGAGGAUGAAGACGUUGGAGAACAAGCUCCUCACAAACGACCAGAACUUGGUGGGCAACGGCACAGACGGCCACGGAUCAACCAUAGAGGUGGUUGUACCCCUGAGCUACGACGUCAAGGACAUGCCCCUGGUUCACGUGGUCGCCAGUAUUUUUGGACUGAGUUUCUCGGAGGUGCAGGCUGAGAUCGACGAGAAUAAGCAGACUUGGACCGAGGAAGCCGCGCUGAAGGAUCUAAAGAGCUAUCAGCAUCGUCUCAACUCGAAUCUCCCGGGGGCGCUCCGGAGCCAGGACUUCGAUGUGGACGAGGCUUUCGAGGAGUGGAAAAAAGCAGAGGCACCACAUCUCUCGCAGAUGAUGCUCGAUAUCCUCACAGCCAAGCCGCUCCUGGCCAAGACCUCGACAGCGCCCUCAGAACGUCCACUGCCCAACCGGCCGCAGUCCAUGUUCACUGGUGAUCAAGCCUACGCGGAUCUCAGUCGAGCCCUCUCCAGCUCCGCAGACACCGGUGCAGCGUAUGAUCCGCACCUCAGUAUUAGCUCUCUGUCCAUAGGGGACACUGGUAGUAUUCGCACCGUCGGAGAGGCUUUAUACACGUUCAUUCCUCCGGAGCCACGAGCCUUCUACAAGUAUAUCCUCCAGCAUGCCAUGACCUUUGAUCAGAUCCAUGCAGAUCCUGAGGUGGAUUAUCAGCCUCUAUCUAAACAGUCACUUGAGCUGCUUGCGGAAUUGGCGGUACGAUGGCGGAUCCCGCAACCAUCGAGGCUGAUUGCUCUCUUGGAGGUAGCUGGGCGAAAGUUUUUGGACCAGGAAAUUGUGGCGGAAGAAUUGGACACAGUCUUUGACUGCGUCAAAGGCCCGCAGCCGGAGCUGAAGAAGCAUCCGCACAUACAAAAUUUUGCCCUGCCGCUGACCGAGAUUGACCAUACACGAUGGCCGAUGCAAGAUUUCGUGCUGUACCAGCAGACUCUGCAGUUGCUGCAUGAGGCACUGCUGCGGGAGUUGUAUAAUCUUAUGGAGCAGUGUUACGAUGCCAGGCCACCGAACAUUGGACCCGUCAUGUUCAUCUUGGAGAACCAUAUCACGACUGAUCCAGUUUUCACCGUCAAGCAGCAUGUGGCAGCUGAAUUUACUGAGCAUCUGUCCCAAGGUCUUCGCGAACGGGCGGUUGCGGCGUACCGUCGGUAUAUGGAGGAAGAGAUCCCCCAGUACAAAGAAGACUGGGAAUUCGGACACGUCGUCAAGUUGGGCAAGUCCGUCACCAAGCUGUGCGACCGAAUCAAGAAGAGAUACAAGAACAUGCCGGAGAUCAUGGGCGUCGACCCAUUCUACACCCUGGUCGACGAAGUAUUCCCCAGUUUCGAGGGAGAUGCCAAGGCCAUCAUCGAAGCCAUCAUGCAGACCGUGCAGGACGAGGGUGCCGAGAUUGACAUUCAGGACGGGUUCGAGCUCUACCGGGAACUCGUGGCAAUCCGUCGUAUCCACCGGAGUGAGCUCGAAGAGCAGCCCUUUGCCUUCGACAUUGAGGAGCUGCUGGUCGGCUUUGUGUGGCGCUGGAUUCGCAUCGCGGAAGGGCGUAUGGAGGACUUUGUCGAAUCGGCGAUCAAGCAAGACCAAUUCCAGGUCCGCAUCCAACACGCUGAGAACAUACCAACAGACAGUGAGCGGCAUAGUGUUUCUAUCAUUGACCUGUUCAUGUUCUUCAACCAGACACUACAGGAGGUCUUUGCACUCGAGUGGAACAACGAGGAGCACCAUGCGCGGUUCAUGACAGCUCUGGCCAGGGCCUUCUCUACGGGCAUAGGCCGAUACUGCGAGAUCGUCGAGCAGCGGUUCGCCAAGGAGAUGGACCGGCCAUCGGUCGAAGAGCUCGCGGCUGCGCAACGGUCGACCCAGGAGAAGUGGAUGCAAUAUGCAAAAGAUGCAUGGAGCAACAAGGAGAAGAUGGAGCCUUUUCAUUUCUAUCCCGAGUCAUUCGUGAAACUCAACAACAUCGAGUACGCGAUGCAGGAGUUUGACAGGCUCGACAAGAAGAUGAACCCAGACGGGUGCGCGGCGGUGAUCGCCAAGUACGAAGGGCCCAGCAGAAAGCGUUCGAAGAAACCGAACAAGUACACCUUCACCAUCAAAGUCAUCGAGGCAGAAGAUCUCAAAUCCUGCGACGCGAAUGGGUUUAGUGACCCCUAUGUUGUCUUUGGCGAUGAGUAUCAAAAGCGCCUGCACAAGACGCGUGUGAUCCACCGCAACCUGAAUCCGCGGUGGGACGAGUCUUUCGAGGUGACGGUGCAAGGCGCCGUCAACAUGAUCGCGACGAUCUGGGACUAUGACACCUUUGGCGAUCAUGAUUAUGUUGGCAGAACCUCCGUCAAGCUCGAUCCGGCGCACUUUGGCGAUUACUUGCCUCGCGAGUUCUGGCUCGACCUGGACUCGCAAGGCCGACUAUUGAUCCGCGUGAGCAUGGAAGGAGAGCGUGACGAUAUCCAGUUCCACUUUGGCAAAGCAUUCAGGCAUCUAAAGCGAACGGAGCGAGACAUGGUGCGCAAGAUCACAGACAAACUCACGAGCCAGAUCAGCGCAACUUUGUCGCACGAGACGCUUCGCAACUUGCUCGGCAUUGGCGGCCUAGGUGCUACAAUGACUGGUCUCUGGAAGAAGCGCACGUCUACAAUGCCCACUGCAGUAACCAAUGCGCAGAAGGAGGCGGUACUUGCCCCCCUGCUCGAGUACUUUGACGAGAACUUCGCCAUUAUGAAGCAGACCCUCACCGACGCCACCAUGGUGGCUGUCAUGACACGCCUGUGGAAGGAAGUCCUCAUGACCAUUGAGAACCUUCUGGUGCCACCGCUGUCGGAGAAGCCAUCGGCGCAGAAACCUCUGUCACGUCGCGAGGUCGAUGUGGUCUUUUACUGGCUACAGAUGCUGUUUGACUUUUUCAACGCGCGUGAUGCGGAGACGGGCGAGCAGAUGGGUGUGCCAAGCGAGGUGCUCAAGUCGCCUAAGUGGCACGAGCUUGCCUCGUUGAACUUUUUCUACUUUGAAGACACCAACAAUCUCAUCGCCGAGUCCGAGCGCAUGGCCGCUGCCACCGCCAAGCGUGCCCAGCAGGCUCUCCUACAGCAGCCAUCCACGACACCGCACGCGGCACCAUCCACACGCAUGUCUGCGGGACCGUCCUUUGCGGCGGCGGGCGCGUUUGCCAGCAUGGGCACGAUUCGGCGCGGCAAGAGCAUCAUGAUGAGCCGCAACCUCGGCACGAUGCGCAAGGCCAAGGAGGCGAAACGACAACAGGCGCAGGCCGACCCGAGCGACGACAUGAUCUUACGCAUCCUGCGUAUGCGGCCUGAAGCCGCGGGCUAUCUCCGGGAGCGCCACCGACAAAAGGAGAGGCAGGCUGCCACGGCUGCAGCUGCGUUGAUUGUCAAGAACAGUGUGAAUCAAGGCUGGAACGCUGGAAGAAACAGUCUACCGAGGAGAUAA